AUGAAACGAGGCGUCGAUUUACUCAUACCAAUACUUAAUGUCGACGAUUACUCAAGACGUGAUCCCCGGGAUGAGAAUACUUCGAAACAAGAUGUUGAGUUGGCGAAGGAGCUCUUGCAGAAAUUGAAAGCGUUUGAAAAAGUCAGCGUUGUGCACAGAUUAGCUAUCGCUGCUUUUGUCACUGGAGCGCCAAGCAAUACCUCCUGGAUGAGAGAGGGUACAAAAGAGGGGUUUUUAGUUCGGGAACCAGAUGAUAAAUGUUACAAAAUCUGCAAGAUGAUGGCAAGCCAGGGAUUUAUCAAGGCCAUGGAUUUUGACAGGGCGGACAAUGUACAGGCAGAGUCUGAAUCAGUCUGA